UGGGCCGUGCGCCCAGCUGAACUACGGACCCUGACCCGCUAUUAUAAAUAGUGAAACGCAGGGCGACCUAGCUUCCAGUUGUCAGCAGGACAGGCCAUAAGCGACUUCGUGCCACCAAUCUCUGUCGCGUGAUGAGCGUCCGCCAGUAAUUACGAGGAGCGUUGUUUACCGCGGCUCCGUCAUGGGCGCGCACGGGCUCAGCGCCUGACGGGCACCGCUCGGGGGUUGACAGCAGCCGGCCGUGACGCAACGCCGCCGCCGGCCGCGUAUAUAUUGGCGCCGGGACGCGACACCGCCGCCGCAGACCUCCGCCGCCAGCCGUUACCACCACAUCGGCCACCAACAGACGCCGCCGCCAUGAAGCCCGCAGCAGCACUUGUCGCCGCCACCCUUCUCAUCGCCGUCAUCCUGUUCCACAGAGCGGAAGCCAACCCAAUAUCCCGGUCUUGCGAAGGGGCUAACUGUGUCGUCGAUCUGACACGUUGCGAAUACGGUGAAGUGACGGACUUCUUCGGACGCAAAGUCUGCGCCAAGGGUCCUGGAGACAAGUGCGGCGGGCCCUACGAGCUGCACGGCAAGUGCGGCGACGGCAUGGACUGCCGGUGCGGCGUGUGCAGCGGCUGCUCCAUGCAGAGCCUCGAGUGCUUCUUCUUCGAGGGCGCAGCGCCCAACUCCUGCUAGUCGGCCGCCGUCCCGGACACCGCUCCCAGUAUUACGCGUCGGACCUCACACGGACACGUCACCACGCUGCACGCCUCUAUUUAUUCGUUUCGCCUACGUGUCACUGAUUGUACCUGUACUGAGCAAAUAUGUUUGUGUCGUAUUAUUUGACUACCUCCGUAAGAAAAAUAUUUAAUUUUUCUUUGCUUUCCUGGCAAUGCAAUCUUAUUUUACAUUCAUUCCGUCUUGUUUAUAUUUUGUUAAAAAGACUUGUGUAUCACAUUGAUACUUUCGGUCUCUUCUGUGAUAUAUUUGCACAAUAAAAAUUAUUUGCUACACGUUCACUAA